AUGUCUUCUUCAGGGGGAAACCUAGAAAAGUAUUGGAUUCCACUCGACGAAAUCCUGCGGGCCACAAGAAACUUCAGCUCGCAAACUCUUAUUGGAGAUGGUGGAUUCGGUUUCGUCCACAUAGGGCAACUCUCUGAAGAAUGGAACGCACACACAGUAGCCAUCAAACGUCUUAAUCGGGUUGGUCAUCAAGGAAUUAACGAGUUCCGCAACGAACUUGAGAUGGUUUCCAGUUUCCAUCAUCCAAACAUCAUUACAUUCAUUGGUUACUGUGACGAGGCCAGUGAGAUGAUCAUAGUUUCCGAUUUUGCUAAGAAUGAAAGCCUUGAUCAUCAUCUCCAAAAGCCAAAUAAGAUUCGUGGCUUAACAUGGGCACAACGCUUGAAGAUUUGCUUAGGUGCAGCGAAAGGACUCAAGUACCUUCACUCUGGUCUUGGGGAAGACAAAAGAGUCAUUCACAGAGACGUGAAGAGUGCAAAUAUACUGUUAGAUGAGAAUCUUGAAGCCAAAAUCUGUGAUUUUGGUUUGUCAAAAUUUGGUGCAAGAAAUCAGGAAGAUAGCCAAGUUCAUACAAAGGUCGCGGGCACAAGGUUGUUGGACUCUAGCCGGAACAAUUGA